AUGGCCGUGAAUAGUGCUGACGAUGCUGCGAGCAGGCCGAGGAUGAUCAACGCCGGUAGCGCUGCAACCCGUGGCGCCUUUGCUGCGUCGGAGUGGGGCGAUCUACCUCUGCUUGUUUUCCAUUUUGCCCAACCUCCAUUGCAAAGGUCGGAGGAGUGGAUGAGGGAGAGGGUGGAGGAACUCAAGGGGCGAGUGCGCACGAUGUUCUCCGACGACAGUGUGGCCGAGGCGGUGACAUUGAUGGACUCACUUGAGCGUCUCGGCGUGGAUGGCCACUUCCGCGAAGAGAUUGAAUCGGCCAUAAGCCGGAUCGUUCACCCGGAUGAGUCCGCUGGUUCUGAUGACCUUCAUGUUGUCGCGACUCGGUUUCGGUUGCUUCGGCAGCAUGGGAUAUGGGUGUCCACAGAUGCCUUGGACAACUUUAGAGAUGGCAUGGGCAACUUCAAGGCAAGCCUGAGCAGUGACCCGAGGGCUCUACUAAGCUUGUACAACGCAGCUCACAUGGCGGUACCGGGUGAUGGCCUGGCCCUCGACGAUGUCAUCAACUUCACACGACACCAGCUCGAGGCCAUUGCAGCAAAAGGUGAGCUCCGGUCGCCGUUGGCGGAGCAGGUCGCCCGCGCCCUCGACCACCCUCUCCCGCGGUUCACCAGGCUGCUAGAGACCAUGUAUUACGUUGGUGAGUAUGCGCGGGAGGAGACGCACGACAAUACGCUGCUAGAGCUUGCUAGGCUCAACUCUCACCUCAUGAGGUCUCUUCACCUCAGGGAGCUGAAGGCACUGUCCUUGUGGUGGAGGGAUCUUUACAACACGGUGAAUCUACCGUACACUCGAGACCGUAUGGUGGAGGUCUACUUUUGGAGUUGCGGAAUGAUCCCUGAGGAGGAACACUCACGCGCACGAUUGAUGUUCGCCAAGACGUUUGGGUUGGUGACUUUUCUUGACGAUACCUAUGAUGUCCAUGCCACCUUAGAGGAAUGUCACAGUUUCACCGAAGCCAUGCAGAGAUGGGACGAUAGCGCGGUUUCUAUUCUACCUGAAUACCUUCGCAUGCCAUACAUCAAAACGCUAAGCAACUUCAAAGAUUUUGAGAAUAUGUUGAAACCGGACGAGAAGUACCGCAUGUCUUAUGCAAGAAAGGCGUACCAGCUGCAGGCGGAAUAUUAUAUGCAAGAGGCCCAAUGGUCCAACGACAAGCAUCGGCCGACCUUCAAGGAACACGAGGAGUUGUCGGUCAUGUCUUCGGGCUUGCCCAUGCUUAACCUUGUGGCCCUCAUGGGCUACGGCACCAUAGCAACCAAGAAGGUAUUCGAGUGGACAUGUGCCGUUCCUGACGUAGUCCGUGCCGGUGCACAGAUCGGUCGCUUCCUCAACGACAUCUCCUCUUACAAGUUGGGGAAGAACAAGAAGGACGUGGCUAGCAUUGUGGAGUGCUAUAUGGUGGAGAAGGGCACGACAGGGGAGGAGGCCGUGGCGGCAAUUGCCGCCAUGACAGAGGAUAGUUGGAGGACGAUGAACCACGCGUGCAUGGCGAUGGACCGUGUGUUAUUGCCAGCGGCGCAACUGGUGGUGAACAUAGCAAGGUCGAACGAGGUCAUCUACCUCCGCGGUAGGGACGGUUACACCUUUGGUAGCCAUGUGAAGGACCUUGUCACCAUGCUUUUCCUCGCCCCCAUUCCCCUUUAAGCCACGGGUUGCAACAUACGCGUAAUCUUGAAUUGACCUAUGCAUUUAUUCAUUAUAUAGAUAUGCUAAGCUGAGUUAUGUGGAGAGCGUGUAGCAACUACCAGUACACUUUGCUGCACUGUUGAACUUAUAUGAUAUCAGUUGAAGGCAUCUCUUGUGUACUACCAGGAUGUGUUGUUUGCACUCUCUUCGUUCUCUUUGUAAAGGUUGUUUGUAGGUGUGGAUAUGUCACGAUUACAUCACUUGCUCAUAUGGUAGAUUAUGACAGAUACACAUUGAGUAGAGGUUUCCAAUAUGAAGGUGAUAUAGGUAGGCCAAAGGUUUUUGGGCGUUCUUCUUGGAGUAUGACAAGCAUUCAAACAAUCAAACAGAAAAGCUCUAGCCCCAACUGAAACAUAGUGUUUCAUACUUCUCUGCUGCACCGCCACAGAAUGCUUGUAUCCCACAAAAAAUGUGUACGCGUAGCUAGUAUCCCGCAAAAAAUGUGUAGACAUAGCAGCAUAUGAUCCACCGUAGUAUGGCUCAACAAACAAAAAUGCAAUAGUGAACUUGCAGCAAAUGAAACAGGCAUGUUUAACCACCAAAUCAGCAAGCAAACAUAUGACAACAGAGGAAACGCUGGAAAUAACAUCUGGUUUCGCCAAAUGUUUCGGUACAACAAGUACAGGCUUCAGAAAGCCGCAGCAGAGCCGAGACAGUAA